AAGAAGUGACUGCAGUCAGUUUCAGAAGCUCCAUUAGGUCUUUCAUACAUAAUUAUGUUAUUCUAGAUGAACUACUGAAAGCAUCACCAUCACCACACAAGAGUACCUUUCAAAUGUCUAUAGAAAUACAGAAUUUACAGUUAGCACAGCUAUAUUACUACUAAUUAUUGUAUACUGGCAAUUUAAUUGCCUCUCAGCAUGAAAUAUUCUUAGCAUUUUCAGCUGAGCUUAGUUUUUAUAGAUAUUAAAAUUACUCUUUACAAACAAAAGAAACUUUGCACAGUACAUAGCAUUAUUCAGGCUGGAAAGUGCUAAAAAGAAAAAUGUUUUAUAUUUAUAUUUUAUAUCCCAAUAUGCUUAAUAGUCAUAUAAAUUAUUCAAAAUUAAGUAGCUUAAGAUCCCACAUAUUAAAACAUGGCUUAGAACAAAUUAUUAUAGAUUAUGUUCUAAAGAUUCUAUUUACUAGGUAUAUUUCUUUUUAGAAAAGCUUACAAUUGGUCUACAGAACUGGUUUGUUAAAGCAUUGUCGUAUUUGUUGAAUGUACAGUCCUUGAUCAUCUACAUUUCUUCAGUAACCAUUUGAAGUUAAGCAUUGAACAAAUGGUGGCUAUAAGCAGUCCUCAAGAGUUUUGCCAUCCCAGAACCCCCAUGGUCAUAUGGGCACUGGGCAACCUGUUCACAUUUAGAACUGGUUGCCAAGCAUCAACUGAUACACUUUGAAACUUUUCUUGCCAGCUUCCUCAGAAAGAGCCUCCCAACCUGUGGUGCUCCUCUCAGACACCAUCCCUGACCUUCCCUCACCUGCACAGCAGCCCUUGCACACUCCCUGAUCCAUGUGGUGCUCCUCGUGUACCCUGCCUGACUCAUGGAACUUCUCAUGCACCUUAACUAUUUUCCCUGAGCAGCGUCUCUUGCACAUCCCCUCGCUCCCUCCCCCACCCAGCAGAAACCACUUACCAGCCUGCUGGUUUGGAACUUGCAGAGUCCCCCACCAAUUUUGGAUGUGGGAAGCAGGCAAGAAGUUGCCUUGCCUAAACUGUGGGAAUCAGUUAAAAUCAGCAACCGAGAUUGCAGGGAUUGUGGUCACUAAGCAAUGUAGUCGCAUUUUAAGACUGCAUUACUUGGUGAUGGAAAGUCCAGUCUCCAUUGCCAUCAUAAGUCAAACCAAUCUGUUUGUAUGCCUCCAAGUCUGAAAAGUUUUUGGAGCAUUUCUGAGGUAGCUGUAGAAAAGAAACACCCAGCUGAGAGGGCAAUACAAUAUGAAACUAUAGUCUAAAAUUAGUGCUUCUCAAACCUUUGUGGCUUUUAAAGCAUGUGGACUUCAACUCUCAGAACUAAUAUCCACAAAUCUUAAUACUGCUAAAGUUGAGAAAGACAAAUUACCCAUAGAAACUUUGGCACAUUUGGAAAUUAUGGGAUGGGAGAGUCAAGGCUAUAUUCUGUUUCCUUUCAGAAAUUUUGGAGACACCCUGUAGUUAUAGAGCCAGUUUGGGCUAGUGGUUAAGGCACCAGGUUAGAUACCAGAGGACCAUGAGUUCUAAUCCUGCCUUAGGCAUAAAAACUGGCUGGGUGACUGGUCUCUCUCCCUCUCUCCCUCUCACACACACACCCCUCUCACAGGGUGGUUGCGGUGGAAAAAAUAGGAGUAGGGAGGUGUAUGAAGUAUGUAUGCCAUCCUAAGUUAUUUAUAAAGAUAAUAAUGGCGGGAUGUAAAAAAAUUAAUACAAGGGAAUGGACUCUAUUUCUUGGCAAAUGUACAACCACUGCCUUUCACAAAAUUAGGAUACUAGGCACAUCCUCAUUAAGACUAUAAAAAAAACCCCAACAAAAAUGAAAACAAGUUUGAAUAAUCUAAUUUGCUCUAAUCCACAAAAAGGACUUUUGGUUUUACUUUUGGACUGGGUCUGGAGUGUGGUACAAAUGAAGUGCCACUGAAUAAACCGAAAGGAUAAAAGAAGGAAACAAAAUGCCAAAAUAGGUCUAACAUGGCUAUCGAAAGCAAUUUGCCUUAAAGCUCAUAUAUUUAUUUAAAACGCUGUGAGAUUGUAUACUUGUUUUGCUUUAACUCUGCUAGCACUUUAGAAAUGUCACGCUGGCGUAAAUAUCUUACAUUUAGAUUAGUUUUCUUCUAUGAUGGAACACAUUACAAGAAAUAGGAUUGACAGAUUAAAUCAUAUAUUUUUAGGAUUAAGAAGAUUAAGGCAGGAAGCCUAAUAUAACAGAUAAUAAUGAUUUAAAUGAUACUUUGCAAGCAGUGAUUUUCUCAAUAUCAGAUGCUAUGCAAAAACACAGCAGUAAAUGGCUAUCACAUAUUGUCCAAAGGCAUCUACCUGGCCUCUCUUGCAGAGUGAAGCUGACCUAUCUUUAAAGAUAGGUGAAGUUCUUUAUUGUCUCAUCAUCUACACAUGCUAUAUAAGCGAAAGUAUACAUAUAUAGUGUUGUAAGAAUUUUUUUUAAAUUAUCUGGCCAAUCAGAUUAAUUGGAAAGGUCUAUCUAUACAGAGAAGCAAUUGGAUUGUAUCAGUUCCAAAUUUACUUACAUGGCCUUGUAAGAAAGUAUUGCUAUAGAAAUUAUAAAGUGAAGAAGUGUGAGUAGGCUUGCAGGCUUCUACAUCUGUCAGUAAUGGGAUUAUGGGUUUCAGAAUGUUGAUUUUAUUGUUUCAUUGAAUAUUGAUUUAGGAAAUGUUAAUGCAGGAACAAGAUUGAAAGAUAUUGGUACAAUUUAUCUUGUCCUUGUUAUCUAAAGCAGCAGCUAUAAUAUUCAUAUAAAGAGAAACUUUAUAUGAAUAUUUAUAACAGCCAUUUUAGCUAUGAUAAAUGAAAGUGAUAUUCACUUGUUAAAUUUAACGUACUGAAUCCUCUGCUCCUACAGCUAUUAAGAAACUGAAUUAGUACUUCCUAUUAUACUGCAGUAACACAAAGUUUCUCCUGGCUCCAAGGAAAUUAGACUUUUUUAUACAACACUACACUGCAGACACUCCUGCUUUUACUUUGACUGUAGCACAGCAAGUUUCAUAGAUAAGCAGGAACUGAAACAGACUUCAGGGUACCUCUACCCAAAUAUCAGCUAGUAUAUCAUACUGACUCACAUUAGGAUGUCUGGAAAAAUAUUUCUGCAUAAGUUAAUGAAGGCAAGAUUGAUUACAGGAACAGAAAAAGAAAUUAGAAUUUAUCUUCCUAAUAGGUCAAAAAUGUUGAUUCAAGUCUUAUUUUGAUUAAUGUUGACAAUAAAAGGAGGAUGAAAAAAUAACCUUUUAGGAAAAUAAACUAAUAUUCUUACAAAAAGGGUAAUAUUAAAAACAGCCAUGUAAUCAGAGGAAAGGAAAUACUUGAAGAAAUAGCUGAAAAAUUGUUAUAGAAUCUACAAAAAAAAUUGCUUUUUAAUUCCACAAAGAUAAGAUCAAGUUCAACUGAGAAGCAAAAGCAUUAGAUGAAAACAUGGGCUAAGACAAUUUAAAAUAUCUCAGGCCAUCAAUUUUUUUCUAACCAUUUGCCAUGUUAUUUGAUACAAGUCACCAGCGCUAGAAUUCUGUGUUUUAUUGCGCUAUCCUCAUUUCAAUACAGGGGAAGGAAAGGGAGGAAGAGACAUUCUAUUUGAAACCAUAUGUGGCAUUACAUAAAUCUCUUGUAUUUGGAGCUUGGCCAACAGAACUAAAUUUGCUAGAUCCUUUUUUAUUUCCUUAUCUGUACCUUCUUCCAGUAACACUCCCGAAGAAUAAAAAUUUGUGGUUCCAAGUUUCCACAGAAGCUGUAGUUCCUCUUGAGGUAAAGUAAUGUGGGCUGAUGCUUCAGAGUCAUACACACCUAUUUCCUGCAACCUAGGCAAUUAGGUAAUAGUAUAAAUCCCAGUUUCUGAUGUGACUGAGUCAGCAAGGGCUUGGCACGGAACACACACAAAGGAAUUACCACCCACAGAACAUAUGAGUGGCUGAGCCAGAAGUGAAAAGUAGGUGCUGAAGAAAGGGUGCUUGAAACAAAGAAAACUGAAAAUAUGCUAUGAUCUUUCAAUGACUGCCAGGGAAUAAAACCACAAUGUGCACUGAACUGGAUGGGCUUCCUUUUGUGUUCCCACUUGGCUGCUUCUCUAUUGGUUCAUCUCACUCAAACAAGAAAGAAGUUCUCUACUCCAGGAGCCUCAGUUUACCUGAAGACUAUUGAUUAGUUAGCAAACAUCACUUUACUGCUUCUCUCAAUAUGGACACAUGGCGGAGAGGAUCUAUUAGGUCUUCAGGUUUCUUCAAGCGGCUCUCAUUCAGGAGGAACAAGAAAUUGGGCAACCAGGCUAUUAUCUUGAACCAGAACAGCCAAACAUUAGACUCCAAUGAACAGUAUGACAAAAAGAGAUUCCUAAGAAAUUUCAAAGAAAACCCAGACUAUUUUUCAUGUCAAAGUGAACAAAAUCUUACCACUAAAACACAACCACCUCCCAAACCACCUCGCUUAUAUCUGGACACUGCCAGCUGCCCCAAUAUAAUAGACCACAGAGAAUCUUCCUCUACAGAUAUAUCCUUUUUAAGCCCUUCCUGCCAUUUUCAUAAGGCUACUCAAACACAGCCUCAUCUAUUAUACAAAACCGAAACCAUGAACUCUGAAACUCUCUCCAGGAACAGCAAGCCACCUUUUGAUCCAUCAGACCCCUUCCUUUCCUUCACACUCGAUUUGGGACCCUCACUCCUGGAUGAUGUUUUACAAACACUCAGAAAACAGAAUUUACUAUUAAAUUAGCUGGAAUUCUCACUAAAACCAAGAAAUUAAUCAUACUGAUUCUUUCGAUUCAUGGACUAAGUUAUUUUUGGUUCUUUUUAAAAUGAAUUUGUUCCCACAGAAGGUUAUUCCGUCUCUUAGAAGUUGCUAUUAAGUAAAUUAUGUUUUCUAUCUCAUUUUGAUAAGCAGGCAAUAUACUUGCUAUACUUAACCAAUCAGAAAUUCUAGACAAUAUAUGUAUGUGUAAGAGGAUGAUGGUUUUGCAGGAAACUCUGUAUCUUAUGGAAUGUAUGGAUUUGUUUGGGUAAAAUAAUCUUAAAUAUCUCAGAGCUCAACUGUUAUAUAUAAGGUUUUGACAGAACACAGAGGGCAAGAGUCCUGAUCUACCAAUAAUGAAAUGGGAACUCUAAAUAUGAAGUUUAUCUUCUUUUAUGCCAGUACAGAAUUUUCCUGAUUUCUUCCUUCAAUUUGGGGGAACGGAUUAGGGGAAUUAAUAACUGCAUUUACAUCAUACUAUGAAUAUAAAAUGUGAAUGUAUAUGCUACUCUUUAUUAAAUCAAUUUACUUUAUUUCCUUUGAACAUUUUUAAAUUUCCAGUGACCAAUAUUCAUCUAAUAGAUACUGUAUUUUUUGGAGUAUAAAACGCACCUUAGUUUUUGGGGAGGAAAAUAAGAAAAAAAAUUCUGCCUCUGCCUACCAGCAUCCAUUGGUAUUCAUCAGGCUGGUGUCCUUAGCAAACAGCCUGGUCAGCUUCAGCACAUUAGCCUGAUUCAGCAUGAGCAGUUGAUUGGCGGGUUGAUCAGCUUCCUGGAAUACCCCCAAACAGCUGUUCCCAGAGAUGAAUUUUAGCAAUAAGCUCAUUGGUUCUGAGCGUGCAUGUGUUGGGGCAGAUACGCAGCUUCAAAAAUGCAGCUGAUCGUCACAGGGCGCUCCAGUGAGCGCAGCAGGCGAAGCAUGGAACCGGUCCAACAAGGCAGCAGCUGUUCCGCGUUGCCAUUUUGGCCUCUGUGCCUUGCUUUUUUGCCCUCAAAAGCUCCGUUUGAGAGGCUGCAUUUGUAACCUGCGUUUGAGAGGCUGUGGCUACAAACCCAGGCUCUCAAACGGAGCUUUUGGAGGCUGCAAACGCAGGCUCUCAAACGGAGCUUUUGGAGACUGCAAACGCAGGCUUUCAAAUGGAGCUUUUGGAGGCUGCAAACGCAGGCUCUCAAAUGGAGCUUUUGGAGGCUGCAAACGCAGGCUCUCAAACGGAGCUUUUGGAGCGCGUGGAGUCUGAAGGGUGGAAGCGGGAUGGUGGGCAGGGCUACAUUUGGUGUAUAAGACGCACCCAAAUUUUCACCCUCUUUGGGGUGGGGGGGGAAGUGUGUCUUAUACUCCGAAAAAUAUGGUAAAUGGGGGAAGUAUUAGUAUUACCCUUUCUAGCCUGGCAUCUUCAAAAGUAUUUGGGUGCAGCUUCUACUAGUUCCAUCCAAUUUGAUAAUUACUGUGAUGAAACACAUAUACAAGAUGUAAAAUUUGGAAAAAAAGGCUACCCUACUAUAUCAACUACUGUAUCUACUACUAGCAAGCAUUUGCAGACAUCAUUGUGAUUUAUAGUAACAUCAAUUAAAGAAGCAAAAAGCUGGAAUGAGGAAACCAUAGUUUCAGAAGAGAGCAGUAAGGGACUUCAUCCAAAUUGGAUCAGAAUCCCACAGCAGUUUUGUUGCCAAAUUAAAGCAGCUGCAUUAGGCAGAUGCAAACAUGACUAAUGUUAUUAAUACUUCUACUUAAUUCUGAACUCUACCUAUUGCUUAAAGCUGAAUUGUGACAUGAAUUCUUGAUAUAAGAAGGGCUUCCAUUGUUGUUUCAACUUCAAGGUGAUAUGAGUACGUCAGUGCCAAAAUGAGCUCUUGUUUACUUCCUCAGGCUGAGACCAAAUAUAGCUAGACUUUGCAAUUAACUCAUUUUUCUAACACACAGACACAAACAAAAAUCAAUAGCAUUAUGUAGUUCAAGGGGAUUGCCAAAAAACAGGUUCAAACCACAAGAUGUUUCCUCCUAGGUGUAUGAGAAUAACAACAUUUGUACAAUAUAGGCCUAUAAUUGCCAUCAAAUGUAUAAAUCAACCCCAUGGGUGACAAGAAAAGGGGAGAUAACGUGUUUCCCCGAAAAUAAGACAGUCCAGAUAAUAAGCCCAAUCGGGCUUUUCUGCGCAUGCGAUAAUAUAAGCCACCCCUGCAAAAUAAGUCCCCCCUCCACAGUUACUUACAUGCAUGUGCAGCCAUUCCCACAAUUUCCUCUGGUUGCUUGCCAUGCAACCAAAAUGAGUUGAGGCAACGAGGCCAGAGGCGGAGGGAAGGGGGAUCAUGCCCUCCCCUCUCUGUUUUUCACAUCAGCCGAGCGGCCCGAAACAUCCCAUCCCACUCCAAUGGCAACAGCUUCCCUUCUCCGCUGUCUCUUUAUUGAGAGGGGUGGCAGGUGCAGCGGGGGAGAAGCAAGGUAUGUGGAGCGAGACGUGGCUCC